AUGCCCACUCGCCGUCCUCAUUCGGUGUCACCGGCCCGGCGUUCGUUCUCACCGUUUCCUUUUCUUGUAGCAGAGGCGCAGGCAAAGGCUCUUGCCGAGGCUCGGGAAGGGUUCGUCAAGGAGUCCUUCUACCGUGAAGCCGAGUUCCGGGCGCAGCAGGCCGAAGAGGCCCGGAAAAGGGCGAAAGCGGAGGUGGCGGAAUUGACGAAGGUCCUGGAGCAGAAGGGCCGGGAGCUGGAGGACGUCAUCACCGAAUACAAGGUGAAGCUGGAGGCCGCGACUGAUGCGCGGGACUCUGCACGUGGGGCUGCCGCGUCUCUGCGGGAGGAGGUGGCGGCCUUGAAGCAGCAGCACGCCAAAGAACUUGCUGCGGAGAAGGAGGCGUCCGAGGGCAUCGUCCUGGCGGUGCAGGCCGAGAAGACCAACUUCGAGGCUUUCGUCAGGGAGAUGUCGCGGCAGAUUCUUGGUACGUGCGACUUCGUGGAGACGGCGACUCCACGGGAAUGCUCGUCGACCGCGACCGCGCGUAUCAUCGCCUGCGCGGGGAGAUACUUGCCGCGCUCCAGUACCCGAGCCCGCGGGAGGUGA